AUGGAGCACCCUCCAAAGGAAACUGUUAUGGAAAGCAGUGGACCAAAGGUUUUGGAAACAGCAGAAGAAAUCCAGCAUAGAAGACAGGAGGUGUUAGACCAAUACCAGAGGUUCAAGCAACGUGUCGCUGAGAGGGGUCAGAAGCUUGAAGAGUCUUAUCACUAUCAAGUUUUCAGGAGAGAUGCAGAUGACCUGGAGAAAUGGAUCAUGGAGAAGAUGGAGACUGCAAAGGAUAAGACCUAUGAGCCCACGAAUAUACAGGGGAAGUAUCAGAAGCAUGAAUCCUUUGUAGCAGAGGUACAAGUCAAAUCAAGGGUGCUUCCUGAACUAGAAGAAAUCAGGGAAGCCCGAUUUACAGAAGAUCAUUUUGCCCAUGAUGACACCAAGACUCAUCUGAUGGAACUUCGCCGCCUGUGGGAUCUGCUGUGGGAGUUGACCCAAGAGAAAAGUGAUGUGCUUCUUCGGGCACUGAAGUUCUAUCAGUACUCACAGGAAUGUGAAGACAUCUUGGAGUGGAUCAAAGAAAAGGAAGCUAUAGUGACAUUAGUGGAGCUGGGCGAUGACUGGGAACGAACUGAAGUCCUGCAUAAGAAGUUUGAAGAGUUCCAGGAAGAACUGAUGGCUCGGAAGGGAAAAGUGGACAAAGUGAACCAGUAUGCUAAUGAGUGUGCCCAGGAAGAACAUCCUAAGUUGCCUGAGAUAAAGGCAAAGCAAGAUGAGGUAAAUGCUGCCUGGGAUCGUCUCUGGAACCUGGCUCUCAAGAGACGAGAAACUCUUUCGAACGCUGCAGACCUCCAAAGAUUCAAAAGGGAUGUCACUGAAGCCAUCCAGUGGAUGGAGGAGAAAGAGCCUCUACUCACCUCUGAGGACUACGGCAAAGAUCUUGUUAGUUCUGAGGCACUGUUUCACAGUCACAAGGGGCUCGAGAGGAAUCUUGCUGUCAUGGAUGACAAGGUGAAGGAGUUAUGUGCCAAAGCAGACAAGCUGAUGAUUUCCCAUCCUGCAGAUGCAUCUCAGAUCCAGCAGAUGAAAGGGGAUCUGGUCUCCAACUGGGAACGCACUCGUGCCUUGGCCACUAACAGAUAUGCAAAGCUGAAGGCUUCUUAUGGGUACCAUCGGUUCUUAUCUGACUAUGAUGAGCUCUCAGGCUGGAUGAAGGAAAAGACAGCUCUGAUCAAUGCUGAUGAGCUGCCAACAGAUGUAGCCAGUGGGGAAGCACUACUAGCCAGACACCAGCAGCAUAAGCAUGAGAUUGACUCCUAUGAUGACCGAUUUCAAUCUGCUGAUGCAACUGGCCAAGAUCUGCUGGAUGGCAAUCAUGAAGCUUCUGAGGAAAUUCGUGAGAAGAUGACAAGACUAGCCAACGACUGGGCUGCCCUGCUGGAACUAUGGGACAAAUGUCAGCAUCAGUAUCAUCAGUGCCUGGAUUUCCACCUCUUCUGCCGAGACAGUGAACAAGUGGAUAGUUGGAUGAGCAGACAAGAGGCCUUCCUAGAAAAUGAGGACCUGGGAAACUCAGUGAGCAGUGUAGAAGCCCUUCUUCAGAAACAUGAUGACUUCGAAGAAGCGUUCACUGCCCAGGAAGAAAAGAUUAUAACCUUGAAUGAGACUGCAACCAACCUUAUUGAGAAUGACCACUACGACUCUGAGAACAUUGCUACUAUUCGUGAUGGGUUGUUGGCCAGGUGUGACGCCCUGCGUGAAAGGGCUGCUGCUCGACGAAAAUUGCUGGUAGAUUCACAGCUUCUCCAACAACUGUAUCAAGACUCAGAUGACCUAAAAACCUGGAUCAUUAAGAAGAAAAAGUUGGCUGAUGAUGAAGAUUACAAGGAUGUACAGAACUUGAAGAGCCGGGUUCAGAAGCAACUAGACUUUGAAAGGGAAUUGGCAGCCAAUGAGAUUAUGCUCAACAACCUGGAGAAAACUGGCAAGGAGAUGAUUGAGGAUGGUCACUACGCCUCUGAUGCUGUGGCCACUCGCAUGAGUGAGGUUGCCAACCUCUGGAAAGAGUUGAUGGAGGCAACAGCGCAAAAAGGGACUCAGCUGCAUGAAGCUAACCAGCUGCUACAGUUUGAUAACAAUGCAGAAGACCUGAAGCACUGGCUAGAGGAUGUAGAAUGGCAGGUUACCUCUGAAGAUUAUGGGAAAGGCCUGGCGGAUGUGCAGAAUCUACUGAGGAAACAUGGACUUCUGGAGUCAGCUGUGGCUGCUCGUCAGAAUCAAGUGGACACCCUUACAGACUUGGCUCUGCAUUUUGAAGAAAUAGGCCAUCCUGACUCUGGGGACAUCCGUGCAAAGCAGGAAUCCUUGGUGUCCCGCUUUGAAGCUCUGAAAGAGCCAUUGACCAUGAGGAAGAAGAAACUCAUCGACCUGCUCAAGCUACUACAGAUUUGCAGAGAUUCAGAAGAUGAGGAGGCCUGGAUCCAGGAGACUGAACCCUCAGCAGCUUCCACGCAUCUCGGCAAGGACUUGGUUGCAGCCAAGAAUCUUCUGAACAGACAUGAAGUCAUUUUGGCAGACAUUGCCAGCCAUGAGCCACGCAUUCGAGUAAUAACAGAGAGGGGAAACAAAAUGGUAGAGGAAGGACACUUUGCUGCAGAAGACAUAGCAUCUAGGGUUGAGAGCUUGAACAAAAAUAUGGAGUCUCUCCAUGCUCGAGCUAUUAGACGGGAAAAUGAUCUCAAGGCCAGUGUCCAACUCCAACAGUACCUGGCAGAUCUGCAUGAAGCAGAAGCAUGGAUUAAAGAGAAAGAACCAAUCGUAGACAAUAAAAACUAUGGAGCUGAUGAAGAAGCAGCUGGGGCCCUUCUCAAGAAGCACGAGGCCUUCCUGGUGGAUUUCAAUGCAUUUGGGAACAGCAUAAAGGCUUUGAGGGAUCAGGCAGAAGCCUGCCAGCAACAGCAGGCAGCACCAGUGGAUGAGGCUGGUAGAGAAGCUAGGAUCAUAGCUGAAUUUGACUUUGUGGCCCGCAGCCACAGAGAGGUCAGCAUGAAGAAGGGCGAUGUCUUAACUCUGCUCAGUUCCAUCAACAAGGACUGGUGGAAGGUUGAAGCUGAUGAUCACCAGGGCUUUGUGCCAGCGAACCACGUCAGGAAACUGGCCCACGAUGAGCUACCCGGAUUCCCACAGCGACGACGAGAAGAGCCAAUCAAUAUUCCCCAGCGCCAGCAGCAGAUAGAGAGCCUCUACCAUUCCCUCCUGGACCGAGCAGAAGAGCGAAGGCGUCGCCUUCUGCAACGUUACAAUGAGUUUCUGCUGGCCUAUGAGGCGGGAGACAUGCUGGAGUGGAUCCAAGAGAAGAAGGCAGAGAAUGCCGGGGUGGAACUGGAUGAUGUCUGGGAGCUGCAGAAGAAGUUUGAUGAAUUUCAGCGGGAUCUGAAGAGCAAUGAACCUCGGCUCAACGAUAUCAACAAAGUGGCUGACGAAUUGCUAUUUGAAGAUCUCCUAACACCAGAAGGUGCUCAUAUACGGCAGGAGUUGAACACCCGCUGGCAUUCCUUGAAGAGGCUGGCCGAUGAACAGCAUCAGCUGCUAAGCAGUGCCCAUGCUGUUGAGAUGUUUCACAGAGAAGCAGAUGAUAUCAAGGAACAGAUUGAUAAGAAAUGUCGGGCUCUUAAUGCUGCUGACCUUGGUUCUGACCUGCUCAGUGUCCAGACCCUCCAGAGGCAGCAUGAGGUCUUUGAGAGAGACAUCAUCCCCCUGGGAGAAAAGGUGACCACAUUGGGGGAGACAGCUGAGCGUCUCUGUGAGUCCCACCCAGAUGCCACUGAGGACCUGCAGAAGCAGAAAACAGAGCUGAAUGAGGCCUGGGAUACCCUGCAAAGUCUUACAAAUGAUCGAAAGGAGAGUCUGAAUGAGGCCCAUAAAUUCUUCCUCUUCCUCAGCAAGGCCAGUGAUCUAGAGAAUUGGAUCAAAGCCAUUGGUGGCAUAAUAUCAUCACCGGAGCUGGCUGAGGACUUAACUGGUACAGAGAUCUUGCUGGAGCGACACCAGGCGCAUCAUGAUGACAUGAAGGCAGAAGACCCCACUUUCCAGGCCUUACAGGACUUUGGCAAGGAACUUAUAGAUGGAGACCACCGUAACAGCUAUGAAAUUGAAAACACACUUUGGGAUAUUAAAUUAAAGAGAGACGAGUUGGAAAAGGGUUGGGAAAACCGCAAGAAGAUGCUGGACCAGUGCUUAGAACUUCAGUUGUUCCGAGGGAACUGUGAACAGGUCGAGAGCUGGAUGGUGGCACGUGAGAAUUCCCUGAGGUCAGACGACAGGGACCACUUAAACAGUCUGCAAGCUUUGAUGAAGAAACGGGAUGAUUUGGACAAAGCAAUCAAAACCCAGGAAGGGAAGAUUGAUGACCUAGAGCAUGUUGCCACAAGCCUCAUAGAUGAUGACCACUAUGCCAAAGAAGAGAUUGCUGCUCGUCUCCAGCGUGUGCUAGACAGAUGGAAAGCUCUCAAAGAACAGCUGCUUGUUGAACUGGGAAAGCUUGGGGACUAUGCUGACCUGAAGCAAUUCUAUCGUGACCUUGAAGAUCUAGAGGAAUGGAUCAAUGAGAUGCUGCCCACAGCCUGUGAUGAAUCUUACAAAGAUCCCACUAACAUUCAGAGGAAAUAUCUGAAACAUCAGGCCUUUGAAAAAGAAGUCAAUGGUCGUGCAGAACAGGUGGACGAUGUCAUCAACCUUGGGAACUCCCUGAUUGAGCGGAGAGCGUGUGAUGGUGAUGAAGAGAACAUGAAGGAGCAACUGGACAAGCUAAAGGAAAACUGGGAUUAUCUCCUCGAGAGAACAAUUGACAAAGGGCAGAAACUCAAUGAGGCCAGUCGCCAGCAAAGGUUCAACACCAGCAUCCGGGACUUUGAGUUCUGGCUUUCAGAGGCGGAAGGCUUGUUGGCCAUGAAAGAUCAGGCCAGAGACUUAACCUCAGCAGGAAACCUACUCAAGAAGCAUCAGCUCUUGGAAGCAGAGAUGUUGGCUCGAGAGGACCCUCUCAAAGAUCUGAAUAAUCUGGCUGAGGAGCUGAUCUCCAGUGGAACUUUCAACAUUGACCAGAUAGAAGAGAAAAUGAAUGGUGUCAAUGAGCGCUUCAACAAUGUCCAGAGCUUGGCAGCUGCACACCAUGAAAAACUGAAAGAGACCUAUGCCUUGUUCCAGUUCUUCCAAGACCUGGAUGAUGAGGAAGCCUGGAUAGAGGAGAAGUUGUUACGCGUGAGCUCGAAAGACUAUGGAAGGGAUCUUCAGAGUGUUCAGAACUUACUGAAGAAACACAAACGCCUAGAGGGAGAGCUGGUGGCCCAUGAACCUGCUGUCCAGAAUGUGCUGGAUACAGCAGAGAGCCUGAAAGACAAGGCUGCUGUAGGGAAAGAGGAGAUCCAGGAGCGGCUGACUCAGUUUGUUCAACAUUGGGAAAAACUCAAAGAGUUGGCCAAGACCAGAGGGGCACAGUUGGAAGAGUCUCUUCAGUAUCUGCAGUUCAUGGAGAACGCAGAGGAAGAGGAAGCCUGGCUGAGCGAAAAAGAUGCUACGGUCAGCCGGGGGGAUUCUGGAGACACACUGGCUGCUACUCAGAGUUUGCUAAAGAAGCUUGAAGCUUUGGAGAAUGACUUUGCUGUGCACCAGACCCGGGUACAAAAUGUGUGUGCACAAGGAGAAGAAAUUCUUAGUAAGGUAUUACAGGAAGAAACUCAAAACAAGGAUAAGAUUUUCACCAAGAUUCAAGUUCUGAAUGAAAAGACAACUUCUCUGGCCAAGGCAAUAGCUGAUUGGAAGUCACAACUGGAUGAGGAGCAUGCAUUCCAGCAGUUUAACUGGAAGGCUGAUGUGGUGGAAUCAUGGAUAGGUGAGAAAGAAGCAAGUCUGAAGACCAAGAGCAAUGGUGCAGACCUCACUGCCUUCCUCACACUCCUGGCAAAGCACGACACGCUGGAUGCCAGUCUUCAGAGCUUCCAGCAAGAACGACUUUCUGAGAUCACGGAUCUGAAGAACCAGCUGGUGGCUGCUGAGCACAGGCAAAGCAAAGCCAUUGAGGAGCGGCAUGCAGCCUUGCUGAGGCGCUGGGAGCAGCUGCUGGAGGCCUCUGCGGUCCACAGGCAGAAACUGUUAGAGAAGCAGCUGCCUUUACAGAAGGCUGAGGAGCUAUUCAUGGAAUUUGCACACAAGGCUUCAGCCUUCAACAACUGGUGUGAGAAUGCUGAAGAGGACUUGUCAGAACCUGUGCACUGUGUCUCCCUGAAUGAGAUCCGGCAGCUGCAGAAGGAACACCAGAACUUCUUGGCCUCCCUGGCUGGGGCUCAAGAAGACUUCAACCAUUUAUUGGCGCUAGACCAACAGAUUAAAGCCUUAAAUAAGCCAUCCAGUCCUUAUACCUGGUUAACAGUGGAAGUGCUGGGCAGGAUUUGGAAGCACCUGCCUGACAUCAUUAAGGAGCGGGAGCAGGAGUUGCAGAAAGAAGAGGCCAGGCAGAUCAAGAACUUUGAAAUGUGCCAGGAGUUUGAGCAGAGUGCCAGUGCCUUCCUUCAGUGGAUCCAGGAGACCAGGGCUUAUUUUCUGGAUGGAUCGUUGCUCAAGGAAACCGGAACUCUGGAAUCUCAACUUGAAGCAAAUAAAAGGAAGCAAAAAGAGAUCCAGGCAAUGAAGCGACAUCUGACUAAGAUUGAAGACCUGGGGGACAGCAUGGAAGAGGCUCUGAUCCUUGACAUCAAAUACAGCACUAUUGGACUGGCCCAACAGUGGGAUCAGCUGCACCAAUUGGGGAUGCGAAUGCAACACAAUCUGGAGCAACAGAUCCAGGCCAAGGACACCAUAGGUGUGAGUGAAGAGACACUGAAGGAGUUUAGUACCACAUAUAAACACUUUGAUGAGAAUUUGACAGGGCGUUUGACUCAUAAAGAGUUCCGGUCCUGCCUGAGAGGACUCAAUUACUACUUGCCUAUGGUAGAGGAAGGUGAACCUGAGCCCAAGUUUGAGAAAUUCCUGAAUGCUGUGGAUCCAGGGAGGAAAGGCUAUGUUUCUCUGGAGGACUACACAUCAUUCCUGAUUGACAAGGAGUCAGAGAACAUCAAGACCUGUGAUGACAUAGAAAGUGGAUUCCAAGCCUUGGCAGAGGGCAAGGCCUAUAUUACCAAGGAAGACAUGAAACAGGCUCUAACCCCAGAACAAGUGUCAUUCUGCACCAUACACAUGCAGCAAUAUAUGGACCCACGGGGUCGAAGCCAACCUGCUGGCUACGACUACGUCGGCUUCACCAAUUCAUUCUUUGGCAACUGAUGAGCAGAUUCUUUAUGGGACAUAGGUCAUACUGUGGCCGGAAGUGUUGGGGGAUAAGAAGCACAGACAAGUGUGGAAGAAGAAAAGAUGAUGCUGUGUGUGUGUAUUGUGUGUGAGAGAGAGAGAGUUGGUGCAUGCGUGUGUGUUUGUGUGUGUUUUACAUUUAUUGCAGAA